CGUGUGUGUGUUUGUUCCACUGCAACGUACACGAUCGUGUCAGUCCGUCCGGAGACAACCAACGCCGCUGCACCACACUAGUGUGGAGAGAAAGACUUGCUUACUCUUUUCUCACAUUAGAACACAACUACAUGUUCAGAAAGGCCCUUCUGUUACCUCCGGUCGUUGGACUCCAGCCUUCAGUGGGCGUGUGGUUCUUGAAGACCAGCCCCUUUUGGAGUUUCAUUAACUCCACAGACCAGUCAAGCUCUGCAUCUGCCGGUUGUGCCACCCAGCAGAGCCUCCACUCAGCAGCCAUGUUCCUCUACCUUCUGGGACUCGGGGCGUUCUACUACGUGUACCGCUGGGUCAGGGAGCUGCCGAGGGUCUCGGACAAGAACAACAAGUAUGUCUACAUCACGGGCUGCGACACCGGUUUUGGAAACCUCCUGGCGCGACAUUUGGACAAGGAGGGUUUCCGAGUGAUCGCGUCGUGCUACACCGAGGCGGGUGAGGAGGAGCUGAGGAAGGCCUGCUCCAGCAGCCUGACCACCACCCACUUGGACGUUCGCUCCAACGAGAGCGUGCACAAAGUGGCGGCCAUGAUCAAGGAGAAAGUCGGGGAGCGCGGUCUGUGGGCUGUGGUGAACAACGCCGGCGUGGCGGUGCCCUCCGCCCCCUGUGAUUGGCUGACCAUCGAAGACUACAAGUCCAUGCUGGAUGUGAACUUGAACGGCGUGAUCGCCGUGACCCUGAGUGUCCUGCCUCUCAUCAAGAAAGCCAGAGGACGGGUGGUGAACAUGGCGAGUGUUUUUGGGAGGAUCAGUGUGGUCGGAGGUCCGUACAGUGUCUCCAAAUACGGCGUGGAAGCGUUCAACGACAGCCUCAGGUUAAAUAUGAAAGCUUUUGGGGUCAAAGUUCUGUGCAUUGAGCCUGGAUUCUUCAAGACCAAUGUGACGAAUGCUGAUAUUUUGGGGAGGAACGUCAAGAUGCUGUGGGGGAAGCUGCCCCAAGAGGUCAGGGACGACUAUGGGCCUGAAUAUCUCCAAAAGUCUCUGGACAUUCUGACAGGCAAAGUCUCCAAGAUCAGCGAUGGAGAGCUGAUGAAAGUGGUCAGAUGCAUGGAGCACGCUGUGUCAGCUGUCCGGCCUCGUACCCGCUACUCUCCAGGAUGGGACGCCAAAUUUUUCUGGCUCCCGCUAUCCUACAUGCCAUCAUGUGUCACAGAUUACCUUAUGGGUUUAGAAAACAUUCCCAUCGCAAAGAAGUUGUAACGUGCAUUUACAUUUUUUUGUAUUGACGGCAGAAUGCAGAUUUAAAACGUGAACUUUAAAGUGAGCACUGUUAUUUAUUCUUAGCAGAAAUGUCAAGACUGCAAUGCUGAUAUAACAGUGCACCUUUUGCGGAAAAAAAAAAUUGCAAAAACUAACCAUCUGAUCAAGUGUAUUAUUUACAACCACAUUCAAGUAAGAAGUACUUACUGGAACACUACUGUAUAUAGACAAGUUUAGCCUUAAAAACAGACUAUGACAUUACAUGAACAUCUACAAAGUUGUAACCAUCAUUUGUCUCAAGUUCAAUCUAGUUUCAGGUCCAAGACCUAACAAAGGCAGAGCAAUAAGACACCGACUACUUGCAAAAUCUUGUCUGGAUAAAACAGCAAAUACUGAUGCUAAAGGACAACGCAGUGCUUCAAAGAAAAGACACCAAGACAUGGGCCACUGUUUUAUUUCAUUUUGUAACUCAAUUACUCAAGCGCACCAUCUAGCGGUAGAAGCGAGAACAGUCUUUCAGAGUGCCUUCGACAUUGACAACUGCAAUGAACUGAAACAUACAGUUGACCAGCGGUUUUGUGUAAAGACA